AUGAAAGAAGACAUAACUAAACUACAGGCUGAACUAGUGGAAUUGAAGAGUCUAAAUUCACAGCAGAACUUGUUAAGACAAACAGCAGAUGGAUCCACAUUAUCGACCCUACCAACAUCGGGGGUUACUAUAGGACCAGGUUACGUUUCAGGAUCAUCGGAUGGAAUAGUGACGAAACUUGCAGAAAUGCAACAUCCUCAUAUGAAUUUAGGAGUCAGAGUUGCUCCAGACACGCUUCAAAGUUCGAGCGAGAUGAAGGAUGAGAUCGAUAACUGCGGACAGAUGUUACAACAUUUGAUGAAAAGUCUAACACUAAAAGAUGCGUUGCGACUAAUAGACCAAUGCCACUUUUACCUGAAUGAUAUUUACUUCCCAUACGAUGUGCGGCUUCUGAAGUUGAAGCUUCAAAGAUAUUACAGACCGGUGACUCACUUCACAUCCUUCUUACAAGAGGAAAAAACAUAUUUCAAGCCAUUGGUUCUUUUGACGAUUGCCUUGGGAAAGAGAUACUUCGGGGAGUCGGACAGCAUGACUCAGUCUUUGGUUUCAUACUCAUUAAUGCUCAUCAGUCCCAUUGUAAAUCUCAAAUCUCAGAGCGAGAACUAUCUGGUCGUUUCCGUGUAUACCAUGGCCAGUUUCUAUUUUCGAUCUAUGAAUUUGGAAGAUGAUGCAAUCAUGUAUUCUAAUUUGGCCCUUCAAUUUGCCAUGCAUAUAAAUCUUCAUCGCUUUAAAAGAGAGAACAAGCUUCAGGAGGAAAUCAAGUCCAGGGUCAUGUGGGUGAGCUUCGGAACAAACAGAACGCUUUCUGCCAAAAUGGGAAAUCCAUUUAUUUUAAGCGCCAAGCAGAUCACCAGACCGUUGCCAAAAAUAAUUUCGUAUGAUGAAGAAGGAAACAUCAUACCUAGAGAGGACGGGUACUCUUUGCAGGACAGAUGCCCAAAUGAGGAGGACUUUCAGUUUUAUAUAAGGCUCACCCGUGUGGCGGAACAGAUUUGCAAAGUCAUAUAUUCACAGAAGUCACCACAAAACUUGAUGUCGAAUCUCGAGGACAUCAUUCAGAAGUUGAUUUCUUGGAAUUCCACCCUACCGGAAAACUAUCGUUUUGACAAAACGUCUAGUACGAAAGAUUCCAAGAAGAGAAGGUUGAUAUGCUCUUUGCACUUAAACUACUGCUUUUGCAUUCAUUUGACCACAAUUCCAGUCCUCUACAGCUUUGUCGAGCAGAAGAAAAAGGCACAGGACCAGGUUCCGGCAAUAAAUCAGAAUCUAACGGAACUCAUCACAAUAUGCAUUAAUGCUGCCGAAAUGACGGUGAACAUCUUGAUGGAUCUUAAUAAGGAAAGGUCGUUGGCACUAUUUGGUGUCAUGGACUUGGACUACCUAUAUAGUGCGGCAUUGGCCUUUUUCAUGUGCGGAGAUGUUCUUUCCAUUAGAACGGCAGAAAACAAGAAAUCGCUUGGAUCAUGCUUACUAUUGCUAGGGGAGAUGUCUGGAAAUGGCAACGAUUCUGCAAAAAUGAAGUACCAAAGGCUGUUGGAUUUGAUUAAUACCUACAGAAAGCAAAAUCCUAAGCCUAAGGAAUUGAUAGAAAUGGAUCCUACAACUGAAAGUUCGAUCGUUCUGGAUGACAUGGCUAAUACUGAUGAUCCAGAUAUCGCAAAUGCUCCAGGAUCACCACCUCCGCUUGGUGAUGAGUCCCGCACGCUCGAAAAUGCCAGAUUUAUGGAUGGCAGUGUUUUGGAGACCUUCCAAGGGUUAACCAAUUCAGAUCUUAAUAUUUGGGAAGAUGGUUACAGGAAUCUUCAACAGGUGGAUUCUUACUGGGAUGAGUUUCAAAGAAGUUUGUUUGACGGAAGCAUACUUUAG